CCGAUCACUAAAGAUAUGGAAGGGAAUGAAAAUGGCCAGGCACAAGGCACCGGUGCAGUAGCUGGAGUCUUCCUGGAGAAGACAAAGCAGAAGAUAACAAUAUAUCAGGCCAUGAAGAAACGUCUACUGAAGCCUGGCACAGCAUUGGCCCUGUUGGAGGCCCAGGCUGCCACUGAGGGAAUCAUAGACCUUAUCAACAACCGGAAACUUCCAAUAGAAGAAGCUGUCAAGGAAGGAAUAAUUGGACCUGAGAUGAGAGAAAAACUCCUUGUUGCUGAGAGAGCCAUUGAUGGUUACAUAGAUCCUUAUACAAAUGAAAAAAUGUCUGUAUUCCAAGCCAUACAAAAGGAUGUGAUUCCAAAAAAUUACGGAUCCCGGUUGCUUGAGGCACAGCUAUCCACAAAAGGCCUAUUUGACCCAGUUGAAAAAAAACAUGUUUCAGUGUACUCAGCGAUUGAGAAGGGACACUAUGAAAAAGGUUUACUCUCUGACCAGAUGGAAGACCUCAAAGUUUUCUAUGAUCCAAACUCACAAGAAAAUCUUAACUACUCACAUCUGAUAGAGAAAUGCAUAGUGGAUCCUGACACUGGCCUACUGCUGCUCCCAGUAUGCAUCACCUUCAAAGGCCUGCGAAGGGGGGUGUCCUCCACUGAGCUCCUGGCAGCAAACAUCAUUGACAAAGAGACCUAUGACGACUUGCAGGAAGGCAAAACAACCACUCAGGAUGUGAUGCUCAUGGAGACUGUGAAAGAGUACCUGGAAGGUAAAGGAGGUAUCUCUGGUGUAGCUAUGCUCUCGUCCAAUCGGAGAAUGAGUAUCUAUCAAGCCAUGAAGCAGGGCAUUCUUAUGCCUGGAACAGCUCUAGUUCUUCUUGAGGCACAGGCUGCCACUGGUUUUAUGAUUGACCCUGUUCAGAACAAGAAAUUCAGCGUGGACGAGGCUAUUAAAAACAAAGUUGUGGGCCCUGACUACCAUGCUAAACUGCUUUCGGCUGAGCGGGCAGUCACAGGAUACAAAGACCCCUACACAAGUGAAACAAUAUCCCUGUUUCAGGCAUUGUCAAAGGACCUAAUCGUGAAGGAGCAUGGAAUUCGCUUACUGGAAGCUCAAAUCGCCACAGGAGGAAUAAUUGAUCCCAUCAACAGUCACAGACUUCCUGUGGACGUGGCCUACAAGCGAGGUUUCUUUGAUGAAAACAUGAAUGCAAUACUUGCAGACUCAGGAGAUGACACCAAAGGAUUCUUUGAUCCAAACACAAAGGAAAAUCUGACAUACCUUCAGCUGAUGGGACGAUGUGUCAUCGACCCAGCCACUGGACUCUGCCUGCUUCCUCUUAUGGAACAGUCAGGUGGUCGGAAUCAUAAUUUCAUCGACUAUCAAACCAAACUUAACUUCAAAGAAGUGAGAAUGAGGGUGACUUGUGGGAAGUACAUGGGAAUGAUUGUAUCCCUUUGGGAAUUGCUGAUGUCAGAAUACUUCAACGAACAUCAGAGGCAAGACAUCAUUCGGCAAUACACACAGGGACACCUUACAAUGAAGAUGAUGAUCAGAAAAAUUAUGGAGGUUAUAGAGCAAUCAGUGAAAAGAACCAACGUCGUCUUUGAAGGAAUCCGGGAGACUGUCACAGCAAAGCAGCUGGUAGAGGCAGAUAUCAUUAGUGAGAAUAUCCUGGAGGAACUCAACAAGGGGAAGAAGACAGUGAAGGAGGUCACAGAGGAUGAAACUGUUCAAAUGUACUUACAAGGGAAAGACAGCAUUGCAGGUGUUUUGCUUCCUGAUUCUCAGAUCAUGACAAUCUACCAGGCCAGACAAAAGGGAAAGCUAAUGCCAGGAACUGCACUGAUUCUACUGGAAGCUCAAGCAGCAACAGGCUUCAUCAUUGACCCUAUUGCCAAUAGAAAGUUUUCAGUGGAUGAGGCAGUGAAGGCAAACAUAGUGGGACCUGACCUUCAUGGAAAGCUGCGUUCAGCGGAGAAAGCAGUGACUGGUUACAAAGAUCCAUACACUGGCAAAACCAUCUCUCUGUUCCAAGCCAUGCAGAAAGACCUCAUCUUACAAGACCAUGGAAUUCGUCUGCUAGAGGCACAGAUUGCCACUGGAGGAAUCAUUGACCCUCUUAACAGCCAUCGUAUUCCUGUCCAUGUAGCAUACAAGAGGGGAUAUUUCAAUGAGGAAAUGAAUCAGAUUCUUGAUGAUCCAAGUGAUGACACUAAGGGCUUCUUUGACCCCAACACUCAUGAAAACCUCACAUACCUGAAGCUCAUGGCUAGAUGUGUCACUGAUCCAAGCACAGGCCUUUGUCUUCUGCCCCUCAAAGGCAAAAGCAACAGAGUCAACAUACAAGAUCACAUAAAGGAGACAUUCCAAGCUACAAAUGUCACUGUUAAGUAUGGCAGGUUCAGCUGCAAGCAUGUAACACUCUGGGAUCUCAUCAACUCUGAAUAUCUGUGUGAGGACAAAAGGCAGGAGUUAUUCAAACUGUACAAGUCAAGGAUGAUCACAAUCAAUGAAAUCAUUGUAAUUAUCCUGGAAAUCAUUGAAUGCAAGGAGAUAAAGUGGCAAGCUGGUCUUAACUUUGAGGGUCUGAGGGGGAAUGUUUCUGUUGUGGACCUUUUGAGGUUGGAAAUUGUGGAUGAAAAGACAUACAAAAGUCUGAUUGAAGGGAAACUGACCAACAAGGAUAUACUGAAGAUAGACACAGUUAGAACCUAUCUGAGAGGAAACAGCUGUGUAGCUGGGGUGAUACUCCAACCCUCCAGUCAAAAACUGAGCAUCUAUGAGGCCAAGAAAAAGGGCAUCCUGACUCCUGGUACUGCGCUAUCUCUUCUGGAAGCACAAGCUGCCACAGGCUUUAUCAUUGACCCUCUCCAUAACCAGAAACUGACUGUGGAUCAUGCUCUGAAAGAGAAGAUAAUUGGCCCAGAACUGUACGAAAAGCUCUUAUCAGCAGAGAAGGCAGUAACUGGCUACACAGACCCCUACACUGACAAAAAGAUCUCACUCUUUCAAGCCAUGAAGAAAGAUCUGAUCCUGCAGCAGCAUGGCAUUCGUUUACUUGAAGCCCAGAUUGCAACAGGUGGCAUCAUUGACCCAUUGAAGUGUCUGCAUUUGCCCCUUGAAGUUGCUUACAGAAAGGGAUACUUUGAUGUAGAGCUUAAUCAAAUCCUGACAGAUCCCAGUGAAGACACCAAGGGAUUUUUUGACCCAAGGACACAAGCAAACUUGACCUACAUGGAAAUGAUGGAGCAGUGCAUAAAGGACCCAGAGACGGGUCUGUUUCUUCUGCCACUGAUGGACAAAACUAAAACCCAGAAUGAAACUGAAAAAAUGUACUCAGACGCUGAGAUUAAACAGGAGUUUGAAAAGACAACUGUUAGCAUAUCAGUAGGGCGUUAUUCAGGAAAGACGGUCUCUCUUUGGUAUUUGAUUCACUCUGGAUACUUUACUGAUGAUCAGAGACUCCAGUUCCUUGAAAAAUACAGAACAAAGAAGAUAACCAUAAAAGUAAUAAUCACUUUGGUCAUUUCCACCAUUACAAAACUGGAAGAGAACAAAACUCUGAAAACAACAAUAGGUUUGAGAAAGCCGGUCUCUGCAAAACAACUAUUGAAAUCAAGCAUAAUCGAUGCCAAUACCUUCAGGAGUUUGGAGGAAGGAAAAGUAACUCUUGAACAAGUGACCAAACUGGAUUCUGUGAAGCAAUACCUAAGGGGUACAGGAAGUGUUGCUGGCGUCCAGAUUCUUCCAUCCAAAAAAGUAAUGAGCAUUUAUGAGGCAAAGACACAAGGUUUGCUAACACCUGGUACUGCAUUGAAACUACUUGAGGCUCAGGCUGCAACAGGGUUUGUCAUCGAUCCAAUCAAGAACAAAUAUCUAUCUGUUGAUGAGGCCGCAAGAGAACGACUAAUUGGACUAGAAAUACAUGAAAAACUACUCUCAGCUGAACGAGCAGUCACUGGAUAUGUAGAUCCAUACACAGAUGACACAAUAUCUUUAUUUGAAGCAAUGAAAAAAGAUCUGAUCGAGAAAGGCCAUGGGAUACAUCUGCUAGAAGCACAAAUUGCAACAGGGGGAAUAAUUGACCCAGUCAACAGCUACAGGAUACCUUCUCAUGUCGCCAAGAAAAAUGGCUACCUUGAUGAAGAAACAAGUGAAGUAAUGUCUAAUCCAAAUGAUGACACAAAAGGAUUCUUUGACCCCAGCACCAAGGAAAACCUAACAUACCUUCAGUUAAGAGAGAGAUGUGAAAAGGAUUCUCAUACAGGACUUUUACUCCUACCAUUACAUGUUGAAGCUGGAGGUGACUUUCACACAGAUGAACAAACAGAGCAGGAAUUCAAAGACAAAAUUGUGGUCAUCAAUGCAGGUAAAUUUGAAGACAAACAAGUGUCAAUGUGGGAUGUGUUAAUCUCUGAAUACAUUUCAAAACUGAAGAGAGAGCAGCUCUUGAAACAGUACAAGACAAGAUCAUUGACAAUGAAAGAGAUAAUAGAAAUAGUCAUCAUAAUAAUACAGGAAGUGACAUCAAAACAAAUAAAGUUCAAAGGACUGAGGAAGCAGGUAUCAGCAAGUGAGCUUUAUGAGUCACAAAUCAUAUCAAAGGAACUCUUCACUCAGAUUAUCCACGGAGAAGUUACUGAAGAGACUGUAGGGGAAAUGGAAUCUAUUCAAAAGUACCUUGGGGGGGCAACAAAUUCCAUUGCAGGAGUAAGAAUUGAAUCCACCAAAGAGAUAAUGAGCAUCUAUGAGGCCAAAUCCAAAGGUCUUCUAACUCCUGGAACCUCUCUGGUUCUGCUGGAGGCUCAAGCUGCCACUGGAUUUGUCAUUGACCCAGUGAAGAACAAGAAGCUCUCUGUAGAAGAGGCAGCCGCUCAAGGUGUGGUUGGGAACGAGUGGAAGAACAAACUGCUUUCAGCAGAGAGGGCAGUCACUGGAUACAAAGAUCCCUACACAGGAAACACAAUUUCCUUGUUCCAGGCCUUGAAAAAGGAUCUAAUUGUCAAGGACCAUGGAAUUCGCCUUCUUGAGGCACAGAUUGCAACUGGUGGAAUCAUCGAUCCAGUGUACAGUCAUAGAGUGCCAGUAGAGGUGGCGUACCAGAGAGGAUACUUUGAUGAGGAAAUGAACCAGAUCCUCGAUGACCCUGAUGAUGACACCAAGGUUUUUGACCCCAACACACAAGAAAACCUCACCUACCUGCAGCUUGUGGAGAGGUGUGUGACAGACCCAGAUACUGGCCUUAGCUUACUCGUAAUUGUCAAAAAAGGAGAAUUUUACUUCUUCAUUGAUGAGCAAACCAAGAACACUCUAAAGGCUAUGACAACAACUAAGGCCGGAGGAAAAUUUCAAGGACAGAAAGUGUCUCUAUGGGAUCUCCUCUACUCAAAAUACAUCACAGAGGAGAGAAGGAGAGAGCUUGUGCAACAGUAUAAAUCUGGAGCAAUCACUAUUGAACGCUUCAUGGAGAUUAUCCUAGCAAGUAUUCAACAAAAGACUACCACCACAAUAACCACAACAUCUUCAGUGUCAACAUACACACCACCACCUGAGACAAAGUCAGAGAAAACAACCAUCACCACAACAACCACAGAGACAAGCUUCCAUGGUAUCAGGAAGAAUGUCACCGCUGGCGAGCUGCUUGCCUCAAAAAUUAUUGACAAGAAACUCUAUGAAGACCUCAACACAGGAAAAGUCACAGUGAACCAAGUGAGUGAAAUGGACUCAGUACACAAGUACUUGGAGGGAACUAAUAGCAUUGCAGGUGUAUAUGUUCAGUCCACCAAACAGACCAUGAGCAUCUACGAGGCCAAAUCCAAAGGUCUUCUAACUCCUGGAACCUCUCUGGUUCUGCUGGAGGCUCAAGCUGCCACUGGAUUUGUCAUUGACCCAGUGAAGAACAAGAAGCUCUCUGUAGAAGAGGCAGCCGCUCAAGGUGUGGUUGGGAACGAGUGGAAGAACAAACUGCUUUCAGCAGAGAGGGCAGUCACUGGAUACAAAGAUCCCUACACAGGAAACACAAUUUCCUUGUUCCAGGCCUUGAAAAAGGAUCUAAUUGUCAAGGACCAUGGAAUUCGCCUUCUUGAGGCACAGAUUGCAACUGGUGGAAUCAUCGAUCCAGUGUACAGUCAUAGAGUGCCAGUAGAGGUGGCGUACCAGAGAGGAUACUUUGAUGAGGAAAUGAACCAGAUCCUCGAUGACCCUGAUGAUGACACCAAGGGCUUUUUUGACCCCAACACACAAGAAAACCUCACCUACCUGCAGCUUGUGGAGAGGUGUGUGACAGACCCAGAUACUGGCCUUAGCUUACUCGUAAUUGUCAAAAAAGGAGAAUUUUACUUCUUCAUUGAUGAGCAAACCAAGAACACUCUAAAGGCUAUGACAACAACUAAGGCCGGAGGCAAAUUUCAAGGACAGAAAGUGUCUCUAUGGGAUCUCCUCUACUCAAAAUACAUCACAGAGGAGAGAAGGAGAGAGCUUGUGCAGCAGUAUAAAUCUGGAGCAAUCACUAUUGAACGCUUCAUGGAGAUUAUCCUAGCAAGUAUUCAACAAAAGACUACCACCACAAUAACCACAACAUCUUCAAAAACAACCAUCACCACAACAACCACAGAGACAAGCUUCCAUGGUAUCAGGAAGAAUGUCACCGCUGGCGAGCUGCUUGCCUCAAAAAUCAUUGACAUGAAACUUUUUGAAGACCUCAACACAGGAAAAGUCACAGUGAACCAAGUGAGUGAAAUGGACUCAGUACACAAGUACUUGGAGGGAACUAAUAGCAUUGCAGGUGUAUAUGUUCAGUCCACCAAACAGACCAUGAGCAUCUACGAGGCCAAAUCCAAAGGUCUUCUAACUCCUGGAACCUCUCUGGUUCUGCUGGAGGCUCAAGCUGCCACUGGAUUUGUCAUUGACCCAGUGAAGAACAAGAAGCUCUCUGUAGAAGAGGCAGCCGCUCAAGGUGUGGUUGGGAACGAGUGGAAGAACAAACUGCUUUCAGCAGAGAGGGCAGUCACUGGAUACAAAGAUCCCUACACAGGAAACACAAUUUCCUUGUUCCAGGCCUUGAAAAAGGAUCUAAUUGUCAAGGACCAUGGAAUUCGCCUUCUUGAGGCACAGAUUGCAACUGGUGGAAUCAUCGAUCCAGUGUACAGUCAUAGAGUGCCAGUAGAGGUGGCGUACCAGAGAGGAUACUUUGAUGAGGAAAUGAACCAGAUCCUCGAUGACCCUGAUGAUGACACCAAGGGCUUUUUUGACCCCAACACACAAGAAAACCUCACCUACCUGCAGCUUGUGGAGAGGUGUGUGACAGACCCAGAUACUGGCCUUAGCUUACUCGUAAUUGAAAAAGGAGAAUUUUACUUCUUCAUUGAUGAGCAAACCAAGAACACUCUAAAGGCUAUGACAACAACUAAGGCCGGAGGCAAAUUUCAAGGACAGAAAGUGUCUCUAUGGGAUCUCCUCUACUCAAAAUACAUCACAGAGGAGAGAAGGAGAGAGCUUGUGCAACAGUAUAAAUCUGGAGCAAUCACUAUUGAACGCUUCAUGGAGAUUAUCCUAGCAAGUAUUCAACAAAAGACUACCACCACAAUAACCACAACAUCUUCAGUGUCAACAUACACACCACCACCUGAGACAAAGUCAGAGAAAACAACCAUCACCACAACAACCACAGAGACAAGCUUCCAUGGUAUCAGGAAGAAUGUCACCGCUGGCGAGCUGCUUGCCUCAAAAAUUAUUGACAAGAAACUCUAUGAAGACCUCAACACAGGAAAAGUCACAGUGAACCAAGUGAGUGAAAUGGACUCAGUACACAAGUACUUGGAGGGAACUAAUUGCAUUGCAGGUGUAUAUGUUCAGUCCACCAAACAGACCAUGAGCAUCUACGAGGCCAAAUCCAAAGGUCUUCUAACUCCUGGAACCUCUCUGGUUCUGCUGGAGGCUCAAGCUGCCACUGGAUUUGUCAUUGACCCAGUGAAGAACAAGAAGCUCUCUGUAGAAGAGGCAGCCGCUCAAGGUGUGGUUGGGAACGAGUGGAAGAACAAACUGCUUUCAGCAGAGAGGGCAGUCACUGGAUACAAAGAUCCCUACACAGGAAACACAAUUUCCUUGUUCCAGGCCUUGAAAAAGGAUCUAAUUGUCAAGGACCAUGGAAUUCGCCUUCUUGAGGCACAGAUUGCAACUGGUGGAAUCAUCGAUCCAGUGUACAGUCAUAGAGUGCCAGUAGAGGUGGCGUACCAGAGAGGAUACUUUGAUGAGGAAAUGAACCAGAUCCUCGAUGACCCUGAUGAUGACACCAAGGGCUUUUUUGACCCCAACACACAAGAAAACCUCACCUACCUGCAGCUUGUGGAGAGGUGUGUGACAGACCCAGAUACUGGCCUUAGCUUACUCGUAAUUGUCAAAAAAGGAGAAUUUUACUUCUUCAUUGAUGAGCAAACCAAGAACACUCUAAAGGCUAUGACAACAACUAAGGCCGGAGGCAAAUUUCAAGGACAGAAAGUGUCUCUAUGGGAUCUCCUCUACUCAAAAUACAUCACAGAGGAGAGAAGGAGAGAGCUUGUGCAGCAGUAUAAAUCUGGAGCAAUCACUAUUGAAUGCUUCAUGGAGAUUAUCCUAGCAAGUAUUCAACAAAAGACUACCACCACAAUAACCACAACAUCUUCAGUGUCAACAUGCACACCACCACCUGAGACAAAGUCAGAGAAAACAACCAUCACCACAACAACCACAGAGACAAGCUUCCAUGGUAUCAGGAAGAAUGUCACCGCUGGCGAGCUGCUUGCCUCAAAAAUCAUUGACAUGAAACUUUUUGAAGACCUCAACACAGGAAAAGUCACAGUGAACCAAGUGAGUGAAAUGGACUCAGUACACAAGUACUUGGAGGGAACUAAUAGCAUUGCAGGUGUAUAUGUUCAGUCCACCAAACGGACCAUGAGCAUCUACGAGGCCAAAUCCAAAGGUCUUCUAACUCCUGGAACCUCUCUGGUUCUGCUGGAGGCUCAAGCUGCCACUGGAUUUGUCAUUGACCCAGUGAAGAACAAGAAGCUCUCUGUAGAAGAGGCAGCCGCUCAAGGUGUGGUUGGGAACGAGUGGAAGAACAAACUGCUUUCAGCAGAGAGGGCAGUCACUGGAUACAAAGAUCCCUACACAGGAAACACAAUUUCCUUGUUCCAGGCCUUGAAAAAGGAUCUAAUUGUCAAGGACCAUGGAAUUCGCCUUCUUGAGGCACAGAUUGCAACUGGUGGAAUCAUCGAUCCAGUGUACAGUCAUAGAGUGCCAGUAGAGGUGGCGUACCAGAGAGGAUACUUUGAUGAGGAAAUGAACCAGAUCCUCGAUGACCCUGAUGAUGACACCAAGGGCUUUUUUGACCCCAACACACAAGAAAACCUCACCUACCUGCAGCUUGUGGAGAGGUGUGUGACAGACCCAGAUACUGGCCUUAGCUUACUCGUAAUUGUCAAAAAAGGAGAAUUUUACUUCUUCAUUGAUGAGCAAACCAAGAACACUCUAAAGGCUAUGACAACAACUAAGGCCGGAGGCAAAUUUCAAGGACAGAAAGUGUCUCUAUGGGAUCUCCUCUACUCAAAAUACAUCACAGAGGAGAGAAGGAGAGAGCUUGUGCAACAGUAUAAAUCUGGAGCAAUCACUAUUGAACGCUUCAUGGAGAUUAUCCUAGCAAGUAUUCAACAAAAGACUACCACCACAAUAACCACAACAUCUUCAGUGUCAACAUACACACCACCACCUGAGACAAAGUCAGAGAAAACAACCAUCACCACAACAACCACAGAGACAAGCUUCCAUGGUAUCAGGAAGAAUGUCACCGCUGGCGAGCUGCUUGCCUCAAAAAUUAUUGACAAGAAACUCUAUGAAGACCUCAACACAGGAAAAGUCACAGUGAACCAAGUGAGUGAAAUGGACUCAGUACACAAGUACUUGGAGGGAACUAAUAGCAUUGCAGGUGUAUAUGUUCAGUCCACCAAACAGACCAUGAGCAUCUACGAGGCCAAAUCCAAAGGUCUUCUAACUCCUGGAACCUCUCUGGUUCUGCUGGAGGCUCAAGCUGCCACUGGAUUUGUCAUUGACCCAGUGAAGAACAAGAAGCUCUCUGUAGAAGAGGCAGCCGCUCAAGGUGUGGUUGGGAACGAGUGGAAGAACAAACUGCUUUCAGCAGAGAGGGCAGUCACUGGAUACAAAGAUCCCUACACAGGAAACACAAUUUCCUUGUUCCAGGCCUUGAAAAAGGAUCUAAUUGUCAAGGACCAUGGAAUUCGCCUUCUUGAGGCACAGAUUGCAACUGGUGGAAUCAUCGAUCCAGUGUACAGUCAUAGAGUGCCAGUAGAGGUGGCGUACCAGAGAGGAUACUUUGAUGAGGAAAUGAACCAGAUCCUCGAUGACCCUGAUGAUGACACCAAGGGCUUUUUUGACCCCAACACACAAGAAAACCUCACCUACCUGCAGCUUGUGGAGAGGUGUGUGACAGACCCAGAUACUGGCCUUAGCUUACUCGUAAUUGUCAAAAAAGGAGAAUUUUACUUCUUCAUUGAUGAGCAAACCAAGAACACUCUAAAGGCUAUGACAACAACUAAGGCCGGAGGCAAAUUUCAAGGACAGAAAGUGUCUCUAUGGGAUCUCCUCUACUCAAAAUACAUCACAGAGGAGAGAAGGAGAGAGCUUGUGCAACAGUAUAAAUCUGGAGCAAUCACUAUUGAACACUUCAUGGAGAUUAUCCUAGCAAGUAUUCAACAAAAGACUACCACCACAACAACCACAACAUCUUCAGUGUCAACAUGCACACCACCACCUGAGACAAAGUCAGAGAAAACAACCAUCACCACAACAACCACAGAGACAAGCUUCCAUGGUAUCAGGAAGAAUGUCACCGCUGGCGAGCUGCUUGCCUCAAAAAUUAUUGACAAGAAACUCUAUGAAGACCUCAACACAGGAAAAGUCACAGUGGACCAAGUGAGUGAAAUGGACUCAGUACACAAGUACUUGGAGGGAACUAAUAGCAUUGCAGGUGUAUAUGUUCAGUCCACCAAACAGACCAUGAGCAUCUACGAGGCCAAAUCCAAAGGUCUUCUAACUCCUGGAACCUCUCUGGUUCUGCUGGAGGCUCAAGCUGCCACUGGAUUUGUCAUUGACCCAGUGAAGAACAAGAAGCUCUCUGUAGAAGAGGCAGCCGCUCAAGGUGUGGUUGGGAACGAGUGGAAGAACAAACUGCUUUCAGCAGAGAGGGCAGUCACUGGAUACAAAGAUCCCAACACAGGAAACACAAUUUCCUUGUUCCAGGCCUUGAAAAAGGAUCUAAUUGUCAAGGACCAUGGAAUUCGCCUUCUUGAGGCACAGAUUGCAACUGGUGGAAUCAUCGAUCCAUUGUACAGUCAUAGAGUGCCAGUAGAGGUGGCGUACCAGAGAGGAUACUUUGAUGAGGAAAUGAACCAGAUCCUCGAUGACCCUGAUGAUGACACCAAGGGCUUUUUUGACCCCAACACACAAGAAAACCUCACCUACCUGCAGCUUGUGGAGAGGUGUGUGACAGACCCAGAUACUGGCCUUAGCUUACUCGUAAUUGUCAAAAAAGGAGAAUUUUACUUCUUCAUUGAUGAGCAAACCAAGAACACUCUAAAGGCUAUGACAACAACUAAGGCCGGAGGCAAAUUUCAAGGACAGAAAGUGUCUCUAUGGGAUCUCCUCUACUCAAAAUACAUCACAGAGGAGAGAAGGAGAGAGCUUGUGCAACAGUAUAAAUCUGGAGCAAUCACUAUUGAACGCUUCAUGGAGAUUAUCCUAGCAAGUAUUCAACAAAAGACUACCACCACAAUAACCACAACAUCUUCAGUGUCAACAUACACACCACCACCUGAGACAAAGUCAGAGAAAACAACCAUCACCACAACAACCACAGAGACAAGCUUCCAUGGUAUCAGGAAGAAUGUCACCGCUGGCGAGCUGCUUGCCUCAAAAAUUAUUGACAAGAAACUCUAUGAAGACCUCAACACAGGAAAAGUCACAGUGAACCAAGUGAGUGAAAUGGACUCAGUACACAAGUACUUGGAGGGAACUAAUAGCAUUGCAGGUGUAUAUGUUCAGUCCAGCAAACAGACCAUGAGCAUCUACGAGGCCAAAUCCAAAGGUCUUCUAACUCCUGGAACCUCUCUGGUUCUGCUGGAGGCUCAAGCUGCCACUGGAUUUGUCAUUGACCCAGUGAAGAACAAGAAGCUCUCUGUAGAAGAGGCAGCCGCUCAAGGUGUGGUUGGGAACGAGUGGAAGAACAAACUGCUUUCAGCAGAGAGGGCAGUCACUGGAUACAAAGAUCCCUACACAGGAAACACAAUUUCCUUGUUCCAGGCCUUGAAAAAGGAUCUAAUUGUCAAGGACCAUGGAAUUCGCCUUCUUGAGGCACAGAUUGCAACUGGUGGAAUCAUCGAUCCAGUGUACAGUCAUAGAGUGCCAGUAGAGGUGGCGUACCAGAGAGGAUACUUUGAUGAGGAAAUGAACCAGAUCCUCGAUGACCCUGAUGAUGACACCAAGGGCUUUUUUGACCCCAACACACAAGAAAACCUCACCUACCUGCAGCUUGUGGAGAGGUGUGUGACAGACCCAGAUACUGGCCUUAGCUUACUCGUAAUUGUCAAAAAAGGAGAAUUUUACUUCUUCAUUGAUGAGCAAACCAAGAACACUCUAAAGGCUUUGACAACAACUAAGGCCGGAGGCAAAUUUCAAGGACAGAAAGUGUCUCUAUGGGAUCUCCUCUACUCAAAAUACAUCACAGAGGAGAGAAGGAGAGAGCUUGUGCAACAGUAUAAAUCUGGAGCAAUCACUAUUGAACGCUUCAUGGAGAUUAUCCUAGCAAGUAUUCAACAAAAGACUACCACCACAAUAACCACAACAUCUUCAGUGUCAACAUACACACCACCACCUGAGACAAAGUCAGAGAAAACAACCAUCACCACAACAACCACAGAGACAAGCUUCCAUGGUAUCAGGAAGAAUGUCACCGCUGGCGAGCUGCUUGCCUCAAAAAUUAUUGACAAGAAACUCUAUGAAGACCUCAACACAGGAAAAGUCACAGUGAACCAAGUGAGUGAAAUGGACUCAGUACACAAGUACUUGGAGGGAACUAAUAGCAUUGCAGGUGUAUAUGUUCAGUCCACCAAACAGACCAUGAGCAUCUACGAGGCCAAAUCCAAAGGUCUUCUAACUCCUGGAACCUCUCUGGUUCUGCUGGAGGCUCAAGCUGCCACUGGAUUUGUCAUUGACCCAGUGAAGAACAAGAAGCUCUCUGUAGAAGAGGCAGCCGCUCAAGGUGUGGUUGGGAACGAGUGGAAGAACAAACUGCUUUCAGCAGAGAGGGCAGUCACUGGAUACAAAGAUCCCUACACAGGAAACACAAUUUCCUUGUUCCAGGCCUUGAAAAAGGAUCUAAUUGUCAAGGACCAUGGAAUUCGCCUUCUUGAGGCACAGAUUGCAACUGGUGGAAUCAUCGAUCCAGUGUACAGUCAUAGAGUGCCAGUAGAGGUGGCGUACCAGAGAGGAUACUUUGAUGAGGAAAUGAACCAGAUCCUCGAUGACCCUGAUGAUGACACCAAGGGCUUUUUUGACCCCAACACACAAGAAAACCUCACCUACCUGCAGCUUGUGGAGAGGUGUGUGACAGACCCAGAUACUGGCCUUAGCUUACUCGUAAUUGAAAAAGGAGAAUUUUACUUCUUCAUUGAUGAGCAAACCAAGAACACUCUAAAGGCUUUGACAACAACUAAGGCCGGAGGCAAAUUUCAAGGACAGAAAGUGUCUCUAUGGGAUCUCCUCUACUCAAAAUACAUCACAGAGGAGAGAAGGAGAGAGCUUGUGCAACAGUAUAAAUCUGGAGCAAUCACUAUUGAACGCUUCAUGGAGAUUAUCCUAGCAAGUAUUCAACAAAAGACUACCACCACAAUAACCACAACAUCUUCAGUGUCAACAUACACACCACCACCUGAGACAAAGUCAGAGAAAACAACCAUCACCACAACAACCACAGAGACAAGCUUCCAUGGUAUCAGGAAGAAUGUCACCGCUGGCGAGCUGCUUGCCUCAAAAAUUAUUGACAAGAAACUCUAUGAAGACCUCAACACAGGAAAAGUCACAGUGAACCAAGUGAGUGAAAUGGACUCAGUACACAAGUACUUGGAGGGAACUAAUAGCAUUGCAGGUGUAUAUGUUCAGUCCACCAAACAGACCAUGAGCAUCUACGAGGCCAAAUCCAAAGGUCUUCUAACUCCUGGAACCUCUCUGGUUCUGCUGGAGGCUCAAGCUGCCACUGGAUUUGUCAUUGACCCAGUGAAGAACAAGAAGCUCUCUGUAGAAGAGGCAGCCGCUCAAGGUGUGGUUGGGAACGAGUGGAAGAACAAACUGCUUUCAGCAGAGAGGGCAGUCACUGGAUACAAAGAUCCCUACACAGGAAACACAAUUUCCUUGUUCCAGGCCUUGAAAAAGGAUCUAAUUGUCAAGGACCAUGGAAUUCGCCUUCUUGAGGCACAGAUUGCAACUGGUGGAAUCAUCGAUCCAGUGUACAGUCAUAGAGUGCCAGUAGAGGUGGCGUACCAGAGAGGAUACUUUGAUGAGGAAAUGAACCAGAUCCUCGAUGACCCUGAUGAUGACACCAAGGGCUUUUUUGACCCCAACACACAAGAAAACCUCACCUACCUGCAGCUUGUGGAGAGGUGUGUGACAGACCCAGAUACUGGCCUUAGCUUACUCGUAAUUGUCAAAAAAGGAGAAUUUUACUUCUUCAUUGAUGAGCAAACCAAGAACACUCUAAAGGCUAUGACAACAACUAAGGCCGGAGGCAAAUUUCAAGGACAGAAAGUGUCUCUAUGGGAUCUCCUCUCCUCAAAAUACAUCACAGAGGAGAGAAGGAGAGAGCUUGUGCAACAGUAUAAAUCUGGAGCAAUCACUAUUGAACGCUUCAUGGAGAUUAUCCUAGCAAGUAUUCAACAAAAGACUACCACCACAAUAACCACAACAUCUUCAGUGUCAACAUGCACACCACCACCUGAGACAAAGUCAGAGAAAACAACCAUCACCACAACAACCACAGAGACAAGCUUCCAUGGUAUCAGGAAGAAUGUCACCGCUGGCGAGCUGCUUGCCUCAAAAAUUAUUGACAAGAAACUCUAUGAAGACCUCAACACAGGAAAAGUCACAGUGAACCAAGUGAGUGAAAUGGACUCAGUACACAAGUACUUGGAGGGAACUAAUAGCAUUGCAGGUGUAUAUGUUCAGUCCACCAAACAGACCAUGAGCAUCUACGAGGCCAAAUCCAAAGGUCUUCUAACUCCUGGAACCUCUCUGGUUCUGCUGGAGGCUCAAGCUGCCACUGGAUUUGUCAUUGACCCAGUGAAGAACAAGAAGCUCUCUGUAGAAGAGGCAGCCGCUCAAGGUGUGGUUGGGAACGAGUGGAAGAACAAACUGCUUUCAGCAGAGAGGGCAGUCACUGGAUACAAAGAUCCCUACACAGGAAACACAAUUUCCUUGUUCCAGGCCUUGAAAAAGGAUCUAAUUGUCAAGGACCAUGGAAUUCGCCUUCUUGAGGCACAGAUUGCAACUGGUGGAAUCAUCGAUCCAGUGUACAGUCAUAGAGUGCCAGUAGAGGUGGCGUACCAGAGAGGAUACUUUGAUGAGGAAAUGAACCAGAUCCUCAAUGACCCUGAUGAUGACACCAAGGGCUUUUUUGACCCCAACACACAAGAAAACCUCACCUACCUGCAGCUUGUGGAGAGGUGUGUGACAGACCCAGAUACUGGCCUUAGCUUACUCGUAAUUGUCAAAAAAGGAGAAUUUUACUUCUUCAUUAAUGAGCAAACCAAGAACACUCUAAAGGCUAUGACAACAACUAAGGCCGGAGGAAAAUUUCAAGGACAGAAAGUGUCUCUAUGGGAUCUCCUCUACUCAAAAUACAUCACAGAGGAGAGAAGGAGAGAGCUUGUGCAGCAGUAUAAAUCUGGAGCAAUCACUAUUGAACGCUUCAUGGAGAUUAUCCUAGCAAGUAUUUAACAAAAGACUACCACCACAAUAACCACAACAUCUUCAGUGUCAACAUGCACACCACCUCCUGAGACAAAGUCAGAGAAAACAACCAUCACCACAACAACCACAGAGACAAGCUUCCAUGGUAUCAGGAAGAAUGUCACCGCUGGCGAGCUGCUUGCCUCAAAAAUUAUUGACAAGAAACUCUAUGAAGACCUCAACACAGGAAAAGUCACAGUGAACCAAGUGAGUGAAAUGGACUCAGUACACAAGUACUUGGAGGGAACUAAUAGCAUUGCAGGUGUAUAUGUUCAGUCCACCAAACAGACCAUGAGCAUCUACGAGGCCAAAUCCAAAGGUCUUCUAACUCCUGGAACCUCUCUGGUUCUGCUGGAGGCUCAAGCUGCCACUGGAUUUGUCAUUGACCCAGUGAAGAACAAGAAGCUCUCUGUAGAAGAGGCAGCCGCUCAAGGUGUGGUUGGGAACGAGUGAAAGAACAAACUGCUUUCAGCAGAGAGGGCAGUCACUGGAUACAAAGAUCCCUACACAGGAAACACAAUUUCCUUGUUCCAGGCCUUGAAAAAGGAUCUAAUUGUCAAGGACCAUGGAAUUCGCCUUCUUGAGGCACAGAUUGCAACUGGUGGAAUCAUCGAUCCAGUGUACAGUCAUAGAGUGCCAGUAGAGGUGGCGUACCAGAGAGGAUACUUUGAUGAGGAAACGAACCAGAUCCUCGAUGACCCUGAUGAUGACACCAAGGGCUUUUUUGACCCCAACACACAAGAAAACCUCACCUACUUGCAGCUUCUGGAGAGGGUUAUGAGGGACCCAGACACUGGUCUUAGCUUUCUGUCUCUGAAUAAAUUAGUUUAUACGGAUUUGUUUUAAAAUUGUUAUCAAAGAUGUGCAUAUAUUUUAUCUUUAUUUUAUCACAUAUAAAUGCUUUCUUUGUUGAUGUUUGGCGAAUUAUUCUGAAUUUAAUAUAAUAAAAAGCCAUUUUUUA